UAUCCGGCACUAUACUAUAUUCCGUUCAAUUUUAUCUAUAACUUAUUGAGCCACACCGUCCAUCGUACGGUAUUAAUACCAAUUUAAUAUAGUGGAAACCUAAAACAUGCAAACCUUCUCAAUAAGACAAUUUAUAGAUAAAUUGAGAAAAAUAUAGAUAGCCCGAACUGGGAAUCGAACCCAGACCAUGUCGGUAUCGCGCCGAGUGCUCUACCAGUUGAGCUAUCCGGCACUAUACUAUAUUCCGUUCAAUUUUAUCUAUAACUUAUUGAGCCACAUCGUCCAUCGUACGGUAUUAACACCAAUUUAAUAUAGUGGAAACCUAAAACAUGCAAACCAAUAUACAAUACCUAAAAGUAUACUAAAUACGAGCUUGUUCCCUGGUGAUUGCACCCCACACCAUUAACCGUAAUGCCUGAUGAUUUCAUACAAACUGAUAAGAGCCAUGUAUAAAUAGCCUGACGAAUUAAAUUACUCCAGAGUGGCAUGUACAUUGACACUGGCAUCAUGUCGAACAACAUUUUCCUGUUUGCAUUUUUCGCUCUCGUCGGCUUGACACGGAUUGAAGCAAUGCCUACUAAAGGAAGUGAAGGGACCUGGGACGUGGAUUACGAAGAUCAAGAACACACAGGCAUUACAUGCAGAGAAAACGAGCAUUACAACAGCACGCGGAUAGAGUGUGAAGAUGAGUGCAACGAUCGUAAUAACAAACUAUGCUACCGGUUCCAGCAAUUCUGUUGGUGCAACGAGGGUUACAUACGAAAUUCAUCACACAUUUGUGUAAAACUUGAAGAUUGCCUUAAGGACGAAGAACAGAAAUCAGAGACUUUAGCAUCCAGUGCCAACAAUGAUUCUUCAAAACGGCUUGAAGAUGAUCUAAAAUUAUUCUCACAUGAUUCGGUUUCACAUACCUCUUUAGAACCUGAAACGCAAGCACAGAAGUUUAACGGAAUAAUCGAUCAAGAAACUCUUGAUUUGGUGUUUGGAAAACCUGAAAACUCUUCGGCUGAUAAUAAACCCUUAGAAACUAAAACGCAAGCACAGAAGUUUAACGGAAUAAUCAAUGAAGAAACUCUUGAUUUGGUGUUUGGAAAACCUGAAAACUCUUGGGCUGAAAAUAAACCCUUAGAAACUAAAACGCAAGCACAGAAGUUUAACGGAAUAAUCAAUGAAGAAACUCUUGAUUUGGUGUUUGGAAAACCUGAAAACUCUUGGGCUGAAAAUAAACCCUUAGAAACUGAAACGCAAGCACAGAAGUUUAACGGAAUAAUCAAUGAAGAAACUCUUGAUUUGGUGUUUGGAAAACCUGAAAACUCUUGGGCUGAAAAUAAACCCUUAGAAACUAAAACGCAAGCACAGAAGUUUAACGGAAUAAUCGAUCAGUAUACGAGACGUAUAGUCUUUGUUUUUUCAAACAUAUAGAAGAGAGAAAACUUUUGUUUAGUUUUAAUGAGAACGUAAAUAGGCAAGAUAAGCUGGUACCGCUGACGUCAGUCCAAACCACCAGUAGGCAUCGUUAUCAUUUAAACCUAUACCGUAAACGAAUAACAGGAUAACCGCACAUGUUUUUAUGCACAUUGAAUGCCUAAAUAAAGGAUCGAAUACAGAAAAUUAAAAUUAAUGUUAGCUGCUGUUUAUACUAUAAAAGUAAGACUGUAUGCGUGAUUGAAGUCGCAUAAUCGAAUCCAUAUAUAAUAAUAUUUACCAUAACUACACUUAUUAGCAACUCAGUGUUGACUACGAGCAUACUGCAGCAUGUUGUUAAACAGGAUUCCUACUUUUUCUGGUUAUUGCAACCAUUAUUUGCGGUAUAAGGCCUUUUUUUUUUAAAGAAAAUAAAUGAUGAAAUAAAAUAAAUAAUCAUUAUCGAUCA